AUCCCGCUAUUCCACAAUUGUCGUAUAUUUAGUCGAGCCGGUGCAUCCGCGUUAUCAGGCUCGGCCGACUGUGAUCGGUAGGACUAUUAUUGCCGGGGCUUGUCAAAGACUAUUUUUUAUCCCGGAUCAUCAGGCUCAUGAGCGGCGCGAUAACUGUCCGAACAUUUCGAGAGUCCUACAGCCAAUUUCGAAUUUCCAAUCACUCAACAGGGGUUCUCCGGUGGUGUGAAAUUCGACAUCGAUCGAGCAACGAGGGUGGGAGCGAGGACUACACGUUCGAGCACACGUGUUUCUUUCGAGACGGUCCUCGGGUUUAGUUUAUUGACGUAGUUCGUGUUGUAUACGCCUGUAAGACCUGCAGUGAAUCCGCCUUGGUGAACAUGGCUCCUGACUUGUAUUACAUGCCAGCGAGUCCACCGUGUCGUGCUGUCAUGUUGACAGCAGAGGCGAUCGGCAUUCCCUUGAACCUUAAAUAUAUCGAUAUUUUUUCUGGAGAACACCAUAAGCCGGAAUUUAUAGAGCUGAAUCCACAGAAGACGAUUCCUCUCCUCGUGGACGCCGAGUACAGAUUAACGGAAAGCCGGGCUAUCAUGUGCUACCUCGUGGACAAAUAUGGCAAGAAUGCCCGACUCUACCCGAAAAAUCCCGAUAUUCGAGCGCUGAUUAAUCAGAGAUUGCACUUCGACAUCGGUACCCUGUACAAUAAUUUGGCAGCAUAUUACUAUCCGGUGAUUUUCAAAAAGCAAGCAGAAUACGACCAGGAUCAGUACGAGAAAUUGAAGGACGCUUUUGAAGUGUUGGAGAAAUUUUUGGAAGGCCAGGAUUAUGCGGUGGGUCGGAAUUUAACAAUCGCCGAUCUUGCUUUGGCAGCCUCGGUUUCUACGGCUGUGGCUCUCGGAUUUGACUUGGGAGGGUAUAAAAAUGUCGACCGGUGGAUGGAAAAGGUGAAAAGUUCAGCCCCCGGAUAUAGAACAGCCAACGGUGAAGGAGUGGAGUUGCUAAAGAAGAUGGUGGCUGACAUGAGAAACGAAUGAAGCCGAGGGAAUUAGAUUAGACCCCGUACUGUCCAUUAGAAAUAUUGUAGGAGAUUAAAGAGCGGCGCUGUAUAUAUUUAAGCUCCGCGAAGCCCGUGUCAAGCCAUAUUCACUUGCUUGAAAAUAUUAAAAGCUGAGCAAUGAUAACGCGAA